CUGCGCGGGGAGGGCGGGUCAGCGCGCCGGCGCAGUGCGGCGGUCAGUGGCUGCGGUGAUACGUUCUUCACUUCCCAUAGUGUGGCCCGAGAGCAGGAAAGAUGGUGCUGGAUCUGGAUUUGUUUCGGGUAGAUAAAGGAGGGGACCCAGCCCUCAUCCGAGAGACGCAGGAGAAGCGCUUCAAGGACCCGGGACUAGUAGAUCAGCUGGUGAAGGCAGACGGCGAGUGGCGACGAUGCCGAUUUCGGGCAGACAACUUGAAUAAGCUGAAGAACCUAUGCAGCAAGACAAUUGGAGAGAAAAUGAAGAAAAAAGAGCCAGUGGGGGAUGAGUCCAUUCCGGAGGAUGUAUUAAAUCUUGAUGACCUCACUGCAGACACUUUAGCUAACCUGAAAGUCUCACAAAUCAAAAAAGUCCGGCUCCUCAUCGAUGAAGCCAUCCUAAAAUGUGAUGCGGAGCGGGUAAAGUUGGAGGCAGAGCGGUUUGAGAACCUCCGAGAGAUAGGGAACCUUCUGCAUCCCUCUGUGCCCAUCAGCAAUGACGAGGAUGCAGACAACAAAGUCGAGAGGAUCUGGGGUGACUGUACGGUCAGGAAAAAGUACUCUCACGUGGACCUGGUGGUGAUGGUAGAUGGCUUUGAAGGCGAAAAGGGGGCCGUGGUGGCUGGAAGUCGAGGGUACUUCCUGAAGGGGGUCCUGGUAUUCCUGGAACAGGCGCUCAUCCAGUAUGCCCUUCGCACUUUGGGGAGUCGGGGCUACACUCCCAUUUAUACUCCCUUUUUCAUGAGGAAGGAGGUCAUGCAGGAAGUGGCACAGCUCAGCCAGUUUGACGAAGAACUGUAUAAGGUGAUUGGCAAAGGCAGUGAAAAGUCGGAUGACAACUCCUAUGAUGAGAAAUACCUGAUUGCCACAUCAGAGCAGCCUAUAGCUGCUCUGCACCGGGAUGAGUGGCUGCGGCCCGAGGAUCUGCCAAUCAAGUAUGCCGGCCUGUCCACCUGCUUUCGCCAGGAGGUGGGCUCCCAUGGCCGAGACACCCGCGGCAUCUUUCGAGUCCAUCAGUUUGAGAAGAUUGAACAGUUUGUCUACUCGUCACCACACGACAACAAGUCAUGGGAGAUGUUUGAAGAGAUGAUUGCUACCGCAGAGGACUUCUACCAGUCUUUGGGGAUCCCUUACCACAUUGUGAAUAUUGUCUCAGGUUCUUUGAAUCAUGCUGCCAGUAAGAAGCUUGACCUGGAGGCCUGGUUUCCGGGCUCCGGAGCCUUCCGUGAGUUAGUCUCCUGUUCUAACUGCACAGACUAUCAGGCUCGCCGGCUCCGAAUCCGAUAUGGGCAAACCAAGAAGAUGAUGGACAAGGUAGAGUUUGUCCACAUGCUCAAUGCCACGAUGUGCGCCACCACUCGCACCAUCUGCGCCAUCCUGGAGAACUACCAGACAGAGAAGGGCAUUGUUGUGCCUGAGAAAUUGAAGGAGUUCAUGCCGCCAGGUCUCCAAGAACUGAUCCCUUUUGUGAAGCCUGCCCCCAUUGACCAGGAGCCAUCAAAGAAGCAGAAGAAGCAACAUGAGGGCAGCAAAAAGAAAGGGGCAGCAAGAGAUGUCCCCCUAGAAAGCCAGCUGCAGAACAUGGAGGUCACUGAUUCUUGAACAUUCCUUCCUCCCGGUUUGUCAGGCUUUCGUUUCUGUCAGCUGGGAUCUCAGAACCUGCCCACGGGCAGGGAAGCCAAGCACCCACUCGUCCCCGCCCCAUCUGACUGCAUUGCUAAAAGGGGAACAGUCUGCCGUGUACAACACAACGUUCCUGUCUCUUUGCAUGGGCAUAGGAUCCAAUCACUGAUGACUGAUGAAACCAUGUAAUAAAGCAUCUCUGGGGAAGGCUAGGACUAUUCCACAGUCUUCUGCCCAGGGCUCGAACCCUG